CGCGUGAAGUUGAGUAAUCCGCAGCAUUUAAACCAAACAGUCCAAAACAAAACUUUACCACCAUCUAGCGGUUGAUUUAAACGCAAACGUUUUAAUUGAGUCCAAUAUUUAACACGCCAACGAAGCGUUUUCAUAUUUAGUUUUUGUUCAGAAACGUUGUAAGCAAUAAAUCGUGAAAGCUUCCGGUGGAGAUCGGCCGACUGAAGCGACGCGGAUAAAGUGACGCGUGACUGUGUCAACCCGCUGGGCCGACCCGAGAAGGUAACCAACACCUCCUCAACGUUACCCCGCCGGAUACAUGUACGUAUGUGAUGAAGAAGGGUAAGAAAUCUCUGACAUGGACAGCAGCAGCAGAAAGAAGUUGAAGUUUAAUUGGCUCCGGACUUCAAUCACCUCACCAACAAACCUUCAGGAGAGAGAUGCUGACUUAGGCACACCCUCUAGCUGGAAUAACUCGCCGAUUGAAGAUUCAAAAUCUUUGCCUCUCAGUGACUCUCCAGGACCUGAUGGCCUUGGAGCACUGAGUCUGGACACUCCAAAGAGAAAAGCAGGAGUGCUCGGUGAAAGCACGCCAUCUUUAGGCAAAAUUAAGCUGAGGAAGCUUUCCAGGAAAAAUAACGAAAAUUUCAUAACUUCAGAUGAGAAACCAAUGGACAACUCAUCCAGGCAGCUGGAAUCAGAAGAGAGCCAGGAGGAAACAUCCCCUCCACCUCAAUCUUUCAUCAUCAAAAAGAAACAGAGGACACCUGAGGAGGUAUCACAGGCCAUCUACAGGAAGGCAGUGGUCGCAGCCAUUGGCAGCCUGAGAGCAAGAGGCAGCCCUACUUGUAUCCCCGGGACUUUGCCAUUUGUGUCUUCACCGGUGAAGACUGAAGCACCCAGUGCAGCGACACUUGACAGAGCAAACACUGAUAUUAAGUGUUCCUCGCUAAAAGGUGAGAACAGAUCUGAGGACAGCGACACAGUCCUGGAAGAACAGCGCUCCCCUCUUCAGGUUUUUGAGGACAAUAAACCCAAAGAAGACAGCUCAGAGCUAAAAACAGACGGAAGGAGUGCUGUGCUAAAAGGAGAGGAUUCACCCAAGACGUUUGAUUCUCCAAACUCUGUGCUUUUGGAAACAACCUCUCAAGUCCAAUCAUUUGCUUCAGAAAGUAGACCAGAAGCCAGUUGCUGUGACGCCGACCUCCCUACCCUGGAGUAUAUACUUGAUUCUCCGUCUUGUUUCACGAGUCACCAGAAAGGCCCUUUCGACAGCCAACACUGGAGAAGUCCUUCAGUUCAUACCCAGGGAGCUACAACUCCCUCUUACAGUGUUUCAUCCCCCAAUCAAACCACUGGAGUCGUCCAGGCAGUGGAAAAGGAGAUGCCCUUCUCACGGUCACAGAGGAGCGUUCUUGUCUCAUCAAAGCAGCCCCACCCAACAAACCUGGCCCGAUCACAUGCAUCCAGAGUUGAGACUGAGAAUUCCUUCUUCUCCAACAAUAUGGCCUAUAGGGACCCCUUUGCGCUGCCACUACACUCAAAAAGAGUAUUGAACACUCACUUGAAGCCAGCGACCACACGCAGGCAGUCGGAUACUGGUUCUUCCAUGCGCCACCCCCCUUUCUCCUUUACUCAUGGUGGCACUCCUAAAAGAAGAUUAUCACUUGGGGCUGAACCCUUGCGGACCAGUUACCCCUACCUCGACAAUCAGGUUGGUUUCAUAGACACACACUGCCAUAUAGACAUGCUCUACGGAAAGCUUGGCUUCAGCGGGACAUUCAACAGCUUUCGAAGUCACUACCAAAGCAGCUUUCCUCCAGAGUUCAGAGGCUGUAUUGCAAACUUCUGCAACCCAAGGGUCAUGGUGAAGGAGUCCCUGUGGGAAGGUUUGCUGGAUGAAGACAUGGUGUGGGGGGCAUUUGGGUGCCACCCCCACUUUGCCAAAGACUACUCAAGUGUCCAGGAACGCGAUAUACUGAUGUCCAUGCGGCAUCCAAAAGCUGUGGCAUUUGGUGAGAUUGGCCUGGACUACUCCCACAAAAACUCCACUAACGACUCCAAGCAAAAAGAGGUGUUUGAGCGUCAGCUGCGUCUCGCUGUGGCGAUGAAGAAGCCUCUGGUGAUCCACUGUAGGGACGCAGAUGAUGACCUGCUGGAAAUCAUGAAGAAGUGUGUCCCGAGGGAAUACAAAAUUCACAGGCACUGUUUCACAAACAGUUAUCCAGUGAUUGAGCCUUUCCUGACAGAGUUCCCCAACCUGUAUGUGGGAUUCACAGCCCUGAUCACCUACUUCAAGGCCACCGAGGCCAGAGAUGCCGUCCGCAAGAUCCCUCUGAACCGCAUCGUGCUGGAGACAGACGCACCAUAUUUCCUGCCAAGACAGGUGAGGAAAGAUGUCUGCCGGUUUUCUCACCCUGGAAUGGGCAUCCAUACGCUGAAGGAGCUGAGCCUGCUGAAGGGAGAAGACAUGGCCACGGUCCUCUCCACCGUCCGGAACAACACCACCCAACUCUACGGAGUAUGAUCUUCAUAGAUGGUGGAUAAAAACUAACGACAGAGAAAACAGAAUGAAAGUUUUAGGAGCCGGUUAGUUACACACACAUUUCACGUGGCUUUGUUUUUUGGAUUUAUCAAUCCUCCAUGUAGAGAGCAGUCUCAUUUUCAAAAGUCUAAGAGACUCGCAAAUGAAUUGUCAACCAUAUAAAAGGCAACAUUUCUCUGUUCUGAUAGAUACUGUAUCUUAUUGUUUUUCUGAUAUUACUGUAAUUUUUUAUCGUAAUCAAUUAAUUCCUAAGCAUAUUUGUUUUUGCUGUGUUGACAUCCGUUGUUUGUUCUAAUUUGUUUGGAUGUUUGUGUUGUCCAGCUGCUGUGUAGUUAAGUUAUGUUUGGUACAGUGGAGACGAAUUAAAAAACCUUUAA